ACAAAAUGGUUCAGCUUAUCCAAACAAACGGACCAAUUCAAUCCUCCACCAGCCACCGUACCACCACCUCCGGUCAGGCGGAGCAGCACAGUUUCCAAUGGCGGCGACUUUAUUCCUAAAGCCUUGCAUUUUUCUCCAUCGGAGAACCUUGUUUGCCCUUCCUCUCCAAUUUUCAUCUUUCUCCACCUCCUCCUCCGCCACCGCCGCUCCUUUUCCGGAAAAUAAAGUUCAUAGGUCCAGACAAUCACCGGCGGUGUCCGCCUCUCUUCUCGAACUUGGCGGCGGCGUCAAUAUUUCCCGGGAUGAGAUAGUGAAAGAUGACCCGACGAACAAUGUUUCCGACACUAUAUUCUCGAAGCUUGGGAUGCAGCUCCAUAGGAGGGAUCAACAUCCGCUCGGCAUACUAAAGAAUGCAAUAUUUGAUUACUUCGACACUAACUACCCAAACAAAUUCGAAAAGUUCGACAACUUAUGCCCUCUUGUUUCUGUUAAAGCGAACUUUGAUGAUGUAUUGGUGCCUGCUGAUCAUGUAAGCCGGAGUUAUAAUGACACAUAUUACGUGGAUUCUGAAACAGUACUGAGAUGCCAUACAAGUGCACAUCAAGCAGAGUUACUAAGGCAAGGCAAUACUCAUUUCCUUGUUACUGGAGAUGUUUACCGUAGAGAUUCAAUCGACUCUACCCACUACCCAGUCUUCCAUCAGAUGGAAGGUGUACGUGUUUUUACGCCAGCCGACUGGGAGGGAUCCGGUACUGAUGGUACAUUGUAUGCAGCUGAGGAUCUAAAGAAAUGCCUCGAGGGUUUGGCAAGCCAUUUAUUUGGUGGUGUGGAAAUGCGUUGGAUCGACACAUAUUUUCCCUUCACGAAUCCCUCAUUUGAGUUGGAGAUAUACUUCCAGGAAAAAUGGCUGGAAGUGUUGGGUUGUGGAGUGAUGGAGCAAGAAAUAUUGAAGAGAAGUGGUCGGACCGACAAUGUUGCUUGGGCUUUCGGGCUUGGACUUGAGCGCUUAGCAAUGGUUUUAUUUGAUAUUCCAGAUAUUCGCCUUUUCUGGACUAGUGACAAACGGUUUACCUCACAGUUCGCAAAAGGCCAGCUUGGUGUCAAGUUUAAGCCAUUUUCAAAGUAUCCACCAUGUUACAAGGAUAUGAGUUUGUGGAUUAGCGAUUCAUUUACUGAAAACAACCUAUGUGAGGUUGUUAGAGGUAUUGCAGGGGAUCUUGUCGAGGAGGUGAAAUUGAUUGAUAACUUCACGAACAAGAAAGGAAUGACGAGUCAUUGUUAUAGGAUAGCGUAUAGGUCCAUGGAACGAUCACUUACCGAUGAAGAAAUUAACGAUUUACAGUGGAAAGUGCGAGAACAAGUGGAGACCAAGUUGAAGGUUGUUCUUAGAUGAUAAGUUUCUUAUUUGUGUUUCCACAACCAUCAUCAAUUUGAGCUUUGGAAUAAAUUAUGAGGAGUCGAUGUGUCUCUUUUUAAAAAUAUUUGUGUUCCAUAUUAUCUGUCACUUUAGAUUUAUAAAUUAUAAUACUGAAUUAAAUGUAUUAUUAAUGUAUUUUUUACUGUUUUAACCUUAUUAAUUCAGUUAUAAGUAUUAACUCUAUCUUAUCACAUC